GGGAGUGCGGGCGCGGCCUCGGGAGCGGCGGGCGGGACUGACCGAGCGCCGCCGCUCGGUACCCCGGGUCCGCGUCCCGUCCCUGCCCCUGCGCUCCCGCCCCGGCCUGGUUCGCGGCGGGCUGGUCGAUGGCAGGGCGGUGGCAUGCGGCUCCUGUUCCUGGCGGUUCUGCGCUCACACACGGGCAACGCGGUCACCGCCGAGCGCGUCCGAGACCAUCUAGAAGCUGCAGGUCACGUGUGUGUCAUGAAAGAUGCCCUUGACUUUGAGAACUCAUCUGAAAUCACAAACCUCAUCAAGACUGAGAACUUUGAGGCAGCACUAGCUCUUCAUCUCUACAGAGGAGGCCGGCUUUUGCAAGGUCAUGGAAUUCCUUUUGGGAUCAUCUUUGGUGGAACUGACUUAAAUGAAGAUGUUAACCAAGGGGAAAAAAUCGAAGUGAUGGGGAAAGUCCUUGAAGAAGCCAGGUUCGCUGUCGCUUUCACGGAGUCAAUGAAGGAGAUGGCGCAAAUGCAGUGGCCACAUGCUAAGGGUAAGAUCUAUGUCCAGAGUCAAGGAAUUGCAACAGCACCGAACACUGCCUUUAACUGGAAAGCCUUCCUUCAGCGUUCAGAGAUUAACCGAAAUGCAGAUAAUUUACACGUGUUUCUCCUGAUAUGUGGACUUCGGCAAGUUAAAGACCCUCUCUAUUUGGUGGAUGCCUUCUCAGAAUGGCAUCAAGAAGAGCCAAAUGUUUACAUGGUAAUUGUGGGUCCAGAGGUUGACCCAGUGUUUACAAGGGAAGUAAAAGCCAAAGUAAAGAGGACCUCAGGGGUGCGGCUGAUUGGGGAGAUGGCCCAGGAGGACCUCCACGCGCUGGUGAAGAAUUGCUCCGCGGUGGUGAAUAGCUCUGUUUCUGAAGGCAUGUCAGCCGCAAUUCUGGAGGCGAUGGACUUGGAAGUUCCGGUGCUGGCCAGGAACAUCCCUGGGAACGUGGCAGUGGUGAAACACGAAGUGACUGGAUUACUCUUUUCAGAUCCUCAGGAGUUUGUUCAGCUGGCAAAGAGACUCAUUAGUGAUCCUGCAUUAGAAAAAGAGAUCGUGGCCAACGGCAGGGAGUAUGUGAGAAUGUCUCAUUCGUGGCAGGUGGAAAGAGACACCUACCGAAACCUCAUCAGGAGGCUCGAGGGAAGCAUUCGGGACUGAGGGCGCAUGCCAGCUGCUCACAUGUGCUGCCAGGUGAACAUCCAGGGAUGGGGCUGUAGCCAGUGGGGCCAGACCAGUACUAAUCAAGCUGGUUUCUGAGGCGGGACCUCAUCCAGAAGCUCCCUGCGCUUCAGAUGCCAUCCUGGACCUGUUUCCAAAUAGUCCUGCAGCAGAAACUCACUGGCUAACUGGCUGGGGGCAGGGUAACCGGUUUUAAGGGGAUUCGGGAGAGAAUGGAUUUGCUGUCUUAGGACUUCCUGUGGACAGCAGGGGCUCAUUGGUAAACCACCACCCAUGUUCUAAUGUCCAAUAACCCAUCAUUGUUCAAAAAGCAGCAACAAAAAUCAAACAUGUAGGCUGAGGAGCCCUGGCAGCACUUUUCACAUGGAACAAAAGCUCUAACAGCCAAACUGGGCCCUGGCAGAUUCGUGGACAGCCGAGGCCCUAAACACAGAGCCAGCGCUAUGAAUGAGUUCCCAUGCGGCCUGUCUUACCCCCCCGUUUAUGUGAUGGCAGGAUAGCGGGUGCUCUCGAGAAAAGCCAUCAGUCAGCCCUGCAGGCUCCGCCCACCUCUGUCAGUUUGAGUUGAAAACUGGGUUAUACAAGGGGAAAGUACUCAAGUGAACCUGAGAUGAGCUGGGUCCUGGGGGUCAGGUAGGCCUGUUCCCUCCCAGGAUCGAGGAUCCAGGGGUUAGUGUCCAGAAGGUCAACAGUGUCCAGCUCACUGCAGGACUCCCCUGGGGUUGGUGACGUCCCCCACACAGUGAGUUCAGCCCAGUGCAGCCAUCCCCGUGGGCCCGGCCGCAGCAGCGCCUCGCCCAGAAGCUGGUGCCCUUUUCCUGUGGGGCAGUAUCAGCCUCUGCUGGAUCCUUGUAUUAUCACUGCACUGCAGUGGCUGCCCGUGACAGAAAAUGGCAGUGGGCAUCCCACUGCAUUGUGUGAAGGCAGGAGCACAGGCUUGGAGGAGGAAGGGGACACAGAGCCCUCGCGGGAUGUGCUGUCAGAGUGUGUUUAGAUCCCACAGGCUCUGGGAGGCCCGACCUCACCCUGCCUCACAUUCCAGGACAUCGGCACUGUUUGCUUUCCAAACAUCAUGUUUUUUUUUUAGAUGGCCAAGCCUACAUCCUUUUUCUAAAAAUUAAGCCUCAAAUAAACUGGUAGCCUGGAGAUGA